AUGCGUGGUGGCGCCACCAGGCGCGGGAGCUGCGGUGGCGGGGACAGCGGCGGGGACCGCCGCGGGUUGGGCCGCCCGGGCCGGAUUCGUGGGGGCAGCGGCAGCGUGGGCUGGCGAGGCCGUGCGGGCGGCGCCCGACAACAGCUGGAGGAGCGGUUCGCCGACCUGGCAGCGAGCCACCUGGAGGCCAUCCGCGCGCGAGACGAGCGAGACCGGCAGAACGUGCGGUUGCGCGAGGAGAACGCCCGCCUGCGGCUUGAGAACCGGCGGCUGAAGCGCGAGAACCGCAGCCUCUUCCGCCAGGCUUUGCAGCUUCCCGGUGAGGGCGGAGACGGGGAGCCAGCGGAGGCGACGAGGGCGACCGCGGACCCCGAAGAGGCAGGCACGAACAAGAGGGCGCGAGGCGGUGGCCCGGAGGCCGAGCCGGGCAGCCCCAGGGCCCUGAGGGCCCGCCUUGAGAAGCUGGAGGCCAUGUACCGCCGGGCCCUGCUGCAGCUGCACCUCGAGCAGCAGGGGCCGCGCCCGCGUGGGGACAAGGAGCAGCCGUCCCUGCGUGAACCCGAGCCAGGCCGACCCCCGGACCCGGAGCCCCCCGAGUCCUGGCAGUAG